UCGAUCGUCGUGGCGCGUGGACGAUUACGUGUUACGUGAUAUCGACAAAUAUCACGGGGCUCAUCCUUUGUGAAACACAGUGAAACCGACAAACAAUAACCUUAUUCAGGUUCCUGAGUAACGCUGAUCCGCCGCAGAUACGUACCGUGCGACUGAGGGGUGCCUUUCGUUUGUGAAGUGCGUCGAGUGAAUCCCGCAUAGUCGUUCGAGCAUGAAUAAUAAAGAAGUAGCCGGUGACACCGUCGCGUUUUCGGGAUCGGUUUGGUGAUCACAGUGAGGGCUAGGGUCGGGUGAUGACCCGGUGACGGCGACCCGCGGAUGGCGGCUGUAAGUGGUCCCGCGCGGCACUCUCGCGUCUCCAUGAGUGUAUCCAUGUCGCUGAUGCAGGGCGGUACGCAGAGCGCGCCGCAGGGCGCCAUCCUGGCGGCGGCGGCGCCCUACUACCAGACGCCGGCCAUCCCGACCGAUGUGCAGCCCGAUCGCCCCAUAGGCUAUGGCGCUUUUGGAGUCGUAUGGGCAGUGACGGACCCGCGCGACGGGCGGCGCGUGGCUCUCAAGAAGCUGCCCAACGUGUUCCAGUCGCUGGUCUCCUCCAAGCGCGUCUUCCGCGAGCUCAAGAUGCUGUGCUUCUUCAAACACGAGAACGUACUGUCAGCGUUGGAUAUCCUACAGCCUCCCAGCCUCGACUUCUUCCAAGAAAUUUAUGUGAUAACGGAGCUGCUGCAGAGCGACCUGCACAAGAUCAUCGUGUCGCCGCAGCACCUCUCCGCCGACCACAUCAAAGUCUUCCUCUACCAGAUCCUCAGAGGUCUGAAGUACCUGCACUCCGCCCGCAUCCUGCACCGCGAUAUCAAGCCCGGAAACCUGCUGGUGAACAGCAACUGCGUCCUCAAGAUCUGCGACUUCGGUCUGGCGAGGGUUGAGGAGCCGGAUGUGACAAAGAACAUGACGCAGGAGGUCGUCACGCAGUAUUACAGAGCUCCGGAGAUCCUGAUGGGCGCGAACCACUACACGGCGGCGGUGGACGUGUGGUCGGUGGGCUGCAUCUUCGGCGAGCUGCUCGGCCGCCGCAUACUGUUCCAGGCGCAGAGCCCCGUGCAGCAGCUGGAGCUCAUCACGGAGUUGCUGGGUACGCCGUCACUGGAAGACAUGCGGCACGCCUGCGCCGGCGCACGCGCACACAUGCUGCGCCGCGCGCCCCGCCCCCCUGCGCUCGCCGCGCUCUACACGCUCUCCGUGCAGGCCACGCACGAGGCCGUGCACCUGCUCGCACAGAUGCUAGUAUUCGACCCGAUGAAGCGCAUCUCGGUAGUCGACGCACUGGCCCACCCGUACCUGGAGGAGGGGCGUCUCCGCUACCACUCGUGUAUGUGCAAGUGCUGCUACAGCGCGCCGCCGGCCGCGCGACACUACUCGCCCGACCUCGAACCUAAUGCCCCGCACGCUUUCCAUGACGCCUGGGAGAGAAAGCUCACGAGUGUGCAUCAGGUUAAAGAGGAAAUACACAAGUUCAUAGCUGAGCAGCUGCAGACUUCGCGCGUACCGCUCUGUAUCAACCCGCAGUCCGCGGCGUUCAAGAGCUUCGCAAGCCCUAGAACCAGUUCGAAAGCAAAAGUCUGUUCCCCUUUCAAGACUGCGGCAAAAAUUCUACUGUUAACGCCCGUGAUAUUUUUAUGCGCCGCCUAGACCCGACGUAAGCGCAAUUUGCACGCUCUACUUGUGUUGUGCAUCGAUAUAGCGCGGGACACCGUUCGAUAAGGCACUUUUGACAACCCUAAUGAAUAAACAAAAUGGCCGCCUUGUCAUAAGAUAGGGUGACCAACUUAAGGAAAAAAUGUUUAAGUUAAAUUAAAAAAAAAGGGGUGCCUUCCCGAACGGUUGUCGUUCGUAAUUUCAAAAGGGUUGAUCGUUGGAUAGAGUCAAUCGGUUCGGUUGCAAUGCAUGCAAUAAAUUCGGUUGUUAUUUAGUAGUAUAGGUGACUGGUAAAGAUAUCCAUUUUUUAGGGGAUAAUCGUUAAUGCUAUAGGUCCAUUGUACUCCCAAAUGAUGGUCCCACUACAUUUCACUGUUUAGUACCUUUGCACGUUUAAAUAAAGGGUAAUAUUUAAAAAAUAGUAGUUAGUAAUGUUUAUUACUAACAACUGGUUACUGAUUGGUUUAUCACCCGUCAAACAUAGGGGAACAUGUCCACGAUUUGUAACACAAGCGGGACACUCUUGACUUAUUCAUAUCCAGUCACCAAAAGAAACUAUUCGAAAUCCAGAUUUAUUCCAAAGAAGCAGUAGAAAUUUCUAUCAUAAUAUAAUGGUAAUUAUAUUGUCGUCUCGUUCUUUAGAAAGAGAUAGCGAGCAAUUUGAAUGCUGUGGUUGUCUGAGUAGUGCAUGCGUAGACUCCGGGUUUGGUCGACGGUAGAAGUAGUUUGUGAUGCGGUUUGCUGUAAGGUCUUUUAUUAUCAUGCAUGGUCGAAUAGCUCGUAUGUUGGAUUUGGAGUCCAUCGAAUACUAUAGCGCUGGCCCAAUAGCUUUCAUAUGGCUCGUCCAAACCGAGCCUGGCUAGUCUAGAUUUAGCUGUAGAGCAGCUAUACUCAACCUGCGGCCCGCGGGCCGCAUACGGCCGGGACUUUGUCUUCGGCAUUCGUGAAGUUAAACCAUUUAGAAUUUCACGCCCACCGGCAAUAGUAUAAAAUCGUCUUGAAAGUGUUAAUUUUUUUCCACUUUUAGGCUGCGUUUUCACCUGAGAGGCGUUGCGAGGAAUGUGUUUUUGAGAACCAAUACAACCGCUGCGUUUAGCGAGCUCAGGCAAAUGAAUCGAUUCUAUUGGUUCUCAAAAACACAUUCCUCGCAACGCAGCUCCGCGCCGGUGGAAACGCAUCCUUUAACUGCUUUGAAAAACAUAAUUUUAAUAAAAUUCGGAAAAAAAUCGGUUGCGGUCCGCGACUCCCAGACCGAUAUAUGUGGCCCGUAUAAGGUUGAGUUCUGCUGUAGAGGAUCUAAUCUAACCAAAUCCAA